AUGAGUGAAUCGAUUGUAGCUGCGCUCUCAUCCCUAUCGAUCCAGGAAGGUGAGAUAUGCACUGUGUCGCAUGGUGCUGUUUCGUCGCCUGCUGAAUGGGCUGACGCGCUGAAUGCACUGACAGUGCCUGAGAAGCCGGACGCGUACCAUAUGCUCAAAACGCUGGUCUUCAAGCCGAAGACGGCCAAGUCGGAGACGCCUGUGCCUGUGAUGGUUGUGACAGAUGAUGCUACACAGACCAACACAAGUGCGAUCGGUGCGCACUUGAAGCUGAAGGACUUGCGUCUUGCUGUGCCGGAGCUCCUGCACGCGACACUGGACGCAACCAAAGACGAUGUCUCGCCCUUCUCUGUGACGCAGGCCAAUGCCAGCAAGCUGCGUGUACUGGUCGACCAGGACAUUGUGGACAAUGGUGCUAUGUACGCUGUGCACGCUCGUUCUGCGUCGCAGACCGUGUUUACAACAGGUGCUGCGCUGGUCGCCUACCUUGCUGAGACAAAUGUGUCGCUGGACACGGUGGCUUUUAGCUCGCUGGCCGCCCCAGCUGCGCCUGCGCCUGCGGCGCCUACGCCGAAGGCCAAGACUAAGGUCGACGCCAAGAUCCCGGAGGCUGAACUGAUUGGUAUUACGGUGCGCAAGGACCUGGACUUCCCCGAGUGGUACCAGCAAGUGCUGCGAAAGGGUGAUAUGCUGGACUACUAUGAUGUGAGUGGUUGCUACAUUUUGAAGCCGUGGAGUUUCUUUGUGUGGGAAAGCAUCCAGCGCUUCUUUGACGCGGAGAUCAAGAAGAUCGGCGUGCAGAACUGCUACUUCCCGAUGUUUGUCUCGUCCGAUGUGCUGGAGCGUGAGAAGGACCAUAUCGAGGGCUUUGCGCCGGAAGUGGCGUGGGUGACCAAGGCGGGCAAGUCGGAUCUGGAAAAGCCUGUGGCCAUCCGCCCCACGUCGGAGACGGUAAUGUACCCGUACUAUGCCAAGUGGAUCCAGAGUCACCGUGACCUGCCGUUGCGCCUGAACCAGUGGAACAGUGUGGUGCGUUGGGAGUUUAAGCAUCCGCAGCCGUUCCUUCGUACGCGUGAGUUCCUGUGGCAGGAAGGCCACACGGCGCACCUGCACAAGGAACAGGCCGACGAGGAGGUGCUGUACAUCCUGAAGCUGUACCAGCGUGUGUACGAGGAAUUGCUGGCACUGCCUGUCGUGCCCGGUGUCAAGUCGGAGAAGGAGAAGUUUGCCGGUGGUCUGUACACGACCACGGUGGAAGGCUACGUGCCGACCACGGGCCGUGGUAUCCAGGGUGGCACGUCGCACUCGCUGGGCCAGAACUUCAGCAAGAUGUUCGACAUUACGGUGCAGGAUCCCAAGGCUACGGAUGAGACGCGUGGCAAGCCGGAAGGCCGUCUGCACGUGUGGCAGAACUCGUGGGGUCUGUCUACGCGUACCAUUGGUGUCUGUGUGAUGGUCCACGGCGACGACAAGGGUCUGGUGAUGCCGCCACGUGUGGCGCAGAUCCAGGUGGUGUUGGUGCCCUGUGGUCUCGGUGUGAAGGUGGCGCAGGGUGUAAAGGACCAGGUGAACAAGACGUGUGAGGACGUGGCGGCGGAGCUGCAGGCGCGUGGUGUGCGUGCGCAUGCCGACCUGCGCGAUAACUACAACCCUGGCUUUAAGUUCAACGAUUGGGAGCUGCGUGGUGUGCCGCUGCGUCUUGAGGUGGGUCCGAAGGAUCUGGAGGCCAAGUCUGUGAUGGCCGUGCGUCGUGACACGGGUGCGAAGCAGGCGCUGCCGCUCGAUGCGCUCUCGACGUCGAUUCCUGCGCUUCUCGACACGAUUCACAACGACAUGUUUGCCAAGGCCGAUGCCGAGUUCAGUGCGCACCGCAAGGUCGUGACCGACUGGGACGCGUUCACCCCGACGCUGAACGAAAAGAACCACGUGAUUAUUCCGUGGUGCGAGGUGGAAGAGUGCGAAGACCAAAUCAAGGACCGCAGUGCGCGUAUUGCGCUGGCCGGCGAGGCGCAGGACGAGCGUGCGCCGUCGAUGGGUGCCAAGUCGCUGUGUAUUCCGUUCGACCAGAGCCCGUACCCGUCGAUCGAGGGCCACAAGUGCCCGCAGUGUGGUCAGCCAGCUAAGCGCUGGACCAUGUUUGGCCGCAGCUACUAA